CCAUCUUAUCCAGUCGCGUGACCAGAGGACAGCAGCAAGGACUUGGCAGGGAGAGGGAGUGAGUGAGAGAGAGAUACGAGAAUGGCAAUGCUUUGUGCCUCAUCUUCUUUUACUUCAACAAAACCCUCUUGUUCUUACUCAGCAAGGAACGGCACUAGUAUUUGUACUACCCCUUUUGUUGCUGGGUUCUCAUUUUCACAAUCAAAAUUAAAACCAUGUGUCAAAACAUCUUUAUUUCCUUUGAAUAAUGGCAGUCGUAGUGUUGAGGUUCGGUGCGAGAAGAAAGAGAAAAACGUAGUCACUCGCGUUCCUCUUGACCAACGCUGGUUGUUUGAAGAAUCUGAACUUAAUGGCCCUGAUAUUUGGAAUACGACAUGGUAUCCUAAAGCUGCAGAUCAUAUUAACACGGAGAAAACUUGGUAUAUUGUUGAUGCAACUGACAAGAUUCUUGGAAGACUGGCAUCUACAAUUGCCAUUUACAUUCGUGGAAAGAAUUUGGCGACUUACACUCCUAGUGUGGACAUGGGGGCUUUUGUGAUCGUGGUAAAUGCUGAGAAAGUUGCUGUAUCUGGUAAGAAGAGGACCCAAAAGUUAUACAGAAGGCAUUCAGGAAGACCAGGUGGUAUGACAGUGGAGACAUUUGAUCAGCUACAACAGAGGAUUCCAGAAAGAAUUAUUGAACAUGCUGUUCGUGGUAUGCUUCCUAAAGGAAGGCUUGGCAGAGCAUUAUUCAACCACCUUAAGGUUUACACGGGCCCAACUCAUCCACACGAGGCUCAGAAGCCGAUUGACUUGCCGAUAAGGGACAAGAGAAUACAAAUGGAGAGAUAGAUAUGCUUCAUAACCCUGGCUUUAGAUAUGGCUAUCAAUCUAUCUUUGCCACAAUGUUUCCCAUGUUUGUGGCAUCAGAUUUUAGCUUCGUGCAUGGCCUUCCUAUGAAGAAAAGCUUUUUGUUCACGUUUCUCUUGGACAAUAGAGGUAAUUGGAAUUGGUCUUGCCUGUCUUUUGCCAAGGUUCAUCGGGGAAUCAAGGAAGUUCAUUUUGCAGGUUUCUGUUGUUUCAAAUGUACUUUACCUAAAUCUACAAUGUAUUUUGUGUCACGAUUUAUUAUUUGCUUAAAUGAAAGGAGUAGACUGCUUCUUAUUA